CUCAUCAAACAUUAACAGCCCCUCGGCAGCAGCACCCGGCCACCAUGGUGGUGCUCAGCACCCUCCUCGCCUCACCCCUCCGGCUCACCCUGGCGGCUCUGUGCCGGGCGGCCCCCCGGCAGCACCGGGGGCUCAGCACCCCCUCGGGACCAGGGCACUCGCUCAACCUCGGGGGCAUCUUCCCACCCCUCGCCACCCCCUUCUCACCCACGCAAGAGGUGGACUAUGCCCAGCUGGAGGGGAACCUGCGCCGCUACGCCAGCAUCCCCUUCCGAGGGAUGGUGGUGCUGGGCUCCAACGGGGAGUACCCCUACCUGGCACCCCGCGAGCGGCUGGAGGUGGUGAACUGCGUGCGCCGGUCUCUGCCCAGGGACCGCCUGCUGCUGGCCGGCUCGGGCUGUGAAUCCACCCAGGCCACCAUCGAGCUGACGGUCAGCAUGGCAGAGGCGGGGGCUGACGUGGCGCUGGUCGUGACACCCUGCUACUACCGGGGGGCCAUGACCAGCGCUGCCCUGGUCCAGCACUACACACAGGUCGCCGACGCAUCCCCCAUCCCUGUGGUGCUCUACAGUGUCCCUGCCAACACCGGCCUGGACCUGCCCCUGGAGGCUGUCCUCACCCUGGCUCAGCACCCCAACAUCAUUGGGAUCAAGGACAGCGGUGGGGAUGUCACCCGCAUGGGGCUGAUGGUCCACAAGACACGGCAGGAGGAUUUCCAGGUGCUGGCGGGAUCGGCCGGCUUCUUGCUGGCAAGCUACGCCCUGGGUGCCUCUGGGGGUGUCUGCGCCCUCGCCAACGUCCUGGGGGCCCCGCUGUGCCAGCUGGACCGCCUGUGCCGUGGGGGCCACUGGCAGGAGGCCCGUGACCUGCAGCACCGGCUCAUCGAGCCCAACGUGGCGGUCACCCGCCGGUUUGGGAUCCCGGGGCUGAAGAAGGCCAUGGAGUGGUUCGGCUACUACGGGGGUCCCUGCCGCGCACCCCUGGCCCCGCUGAGCCCCCCCCAGGUUGAGGAGCUGAGGGGCACCUUCAGCGCCAAUGGCUGGUUGUGAGGCAUCCGCACUGGGAAGGCACAGGGAGCUGGGGACAUGGUGGGGACACUGGGAUGUGGCCAGGAGAAAGCCACCCAUCUCACUCCUUCCUGCUGGACAGGGCUGCCCUGCGCAGAGCGGGCAGGGGGGACACCCAGCACGCCCUGGCCACCCUUGCAUCCCCGCCAGCCCUUGGGAUCCUGCCAGCCCCGAUGUGAAGGAAUGGAUCCUUGCUCCAUGAGCUGAGAAUAAACCUGCUGCAUCCCC